AUGUGCAUACAGUCCACUCUGGUGAUGGUGAAGCUAGCAGACAGUUGUCGGUUGAGGAAGUGGAAAAGGGUAGUAGUGGAGGGCGUUGAACCUAGUGGACGGGGUCAAGGAAGAGGAGGGGGCCGGGGAGAAGGACCAGGCGGCAGGGGGGUAGGGAGAGGGAAUCGUGGUCGAGGGGUCGGAAGAGGGGAAGGGAACAUUGGGCAUAACCAGGGAAAUCCAGACGGGCAUAGGGAGUUUGUAGAGCAGAAUCCACCAUUUGAGGAUGCACGGGAGGGGGAAAAUCAAUAUGAUCAGGCGGAAGGGCUCCAUCCUUUCACCGCUAAUGUUAUGGGGGUAGCAAUGCCGGAGAAUAAGGUUUUCCCAUGGGUUGAGAAAUAUGGAGGCGUGUCUGAUUCGGUUAAGCAUCUACGAUCGUUCGUGGAUGCUAUGGCAGUAUAUUCUUCUGAUGAAUUGGUUUGGUGCAGAGUGUUCACUUUAUCGUUAAAGGAUGAAGCUCUAGAUUGGUUCCAUUCGUUACCACCUCAGAGUAUCGACAAUUUCAUUACUCUGAGGCAUUUAUUCAGUCAACAGUAUGCGUCAAAUCGGUCUCGGGGUUUGACGUAUACGGCUCUGGUCAGACUGAAGCUGGGAAGGGAAGAAUCAUUGAAGGGAUUCAUGGAGCGCUUCAAUCGAACCGCUCGGCAGGUGCGAAAUGCAGAUCAACGACUGAUAGUUAGUGCACUCACUACNGCUUUGAGGNCAGGACCUUUUGUGGAUUACUUAUAUNAGGAAGAGCCUCANUCAAUGGAUGAGNUGCANCACAAANUGGCUGGAUUCAUNNGAAUAGAAGAGGGGANAGCGUAUCNGAGUGAUCNGGGCGAAGAGGGGGUACCAGUCAUGAAGUCAGGACGGGACAGAAGAGGGGAAAAACGACCGAGUGAGGGGGAGCAUAGAACGAGGGUAAAACGAGGGGUCGAGANUCAGAAGGUUCAGNAGUAUGUCCAUCAUACACCAUUGAAUGCUCCGAGGGUGAGAGUAUUGGAGGAAGCUCUGAGGGCUAAUUUGCUGUCAGUGGCACGGUCGCCAACUCCACGAGGGGCCAAUGAAAGCAAGCAUUGCCGGUAUCAUCAGAAUAUNGGGCAUNCUACUGAAGACUGCGUCACACUAAGAGAUAAGNUGGAAAGUUUGGUGCAGNCGGGCCAUUUAAGAGAAUUNGUUCAGAGGACGGGUUCUCAUCUUAGGAGGAGCCAAGUGGGACAAGGGCGCCGUCAACCGGUCACGCGGCGAGAUCCGCCCGCCACCGAACGGCAGGGGACAAAUGGCAAUGGAGAAANACCUUUGAGNGGGGUUAUAAACACUAUCUCAGGAGGAUUUGCGGGGGGAGGACCGUCUUCAGCCGCAAGGAAGAGACAUUUGAGAAAUUUGCACAGUGUUAACAGGAUUGGGUUGGCACGAAGGACUAUGCCGACAAUAACGUUCUCAAACGAAGAUUUCCAUGCACCGGAUCCUAACCAGGAUGAUCCUAUGGUGAUAACGGCUAUUAUCGCUCGUUAUAGUGUGGGUAAGGUGUUGGUGGAUCAGGGGAGUUCGGCAAACAUUCUGUAUUGGACGUCAUCUAGACGUCUAUAUGCGAUUAUAGACGUUAGGGCCCCAACGCACCAACGUCUAUAG